CAUAGUGAGCGGCCGGGGACUGUAGGGGUGGAGGGCACCGGAGCCGGGAGGGGACCGGUCAGGCUGGGAGUCGAGCGCGUGCUGCCCGCGCCACUUGGGCUCGGUCAGUGCCGGCUGACCUGGGCCCAGAGGAAUUGUGCGGACAGCGCGGCCCUCCUGGCUGGUGAGUGGGCACCUGGUCGCGGCUGGUGAGUGGACCCGGAGCUUCACCUGGGCCUUCGCGCGCAGUGACAGGUGCGCCGAGGAGCGCGGCGCUCCACCGCUCGCCGACCCGCCCCCUCCGGGCCUUGCCUGCCUGGGCACGGGAUGAGCCGCGGGCCCCAGCUGAGAGGCUCGUGCUUUUGGCGCCUAUCACUGUCUGCGUCGCCGCGGAAGAGCGGCCGCCGCCCCUAAGGGAAGGAGGAGGGAAGCGGCCGCUGACCCCGGGCAUGAGCCGGACGCGGCGUCUACGGCUAGACUAAGGCGCCGACAUGAACCUGCACCAGGUGUUGACCGGAGCUGUGAACCCUGGCGACCACUGCUUCUCCGUGGGCAGUGUCGGCGAUCAGCGCUUCACGGCUUACGCAUCUGGAUGUGACAUUGUAAUACUGGGAAGCGAUUUUGAAAGAUUACAGAUAAUACCAGGAGCUAAACAUGGAAAUAUUCAAGUGGGUUGUGUAGACUGUUCAGUGCAACAAGGCAAGAUUGCAGCAUCCUGUGGAAACAUUAUCUCCAUUUUUGAACCAGUUAAUCUACCGAAACAAAAGAAAAAUUUGGAAUAUUAUAGUCAGUGGCAGAAGAGUGGCCAAUUUUUUCUGGAAUCAAUAGCACACAAUUUAACUUGGGAUCCCACAGGUAGUCGUCUUUUGACUGGUUCCAACUGUUUGCAACUCUGGUCCAAUACUAACUUGCACAAGGCAGCUGAAGGUGAAAAUCCUGAUAAAACAGAUCUUAACUUUGGGGAUUGGAGAUGCAUUUGGCAUUGCAAAACUGCUUCCCAAGUUCAUUUAAUGAAAUUUUCACCAGAUGGAGAAUUUUUUGCCACUGCUGGGAAGGAUGACUGCCUUUUAAAGGUAUGGUAUAAUGUAGAAAACUGGCGGACAGCUGUUAACUCUCCAGAUGGAAGUUCAGAAAAACAAUCCCAAGGAGAAAUUGACUUUUCUUUUGUAUAUCUGGCCCAUCCUCGAGCUAUAAAUGGAUUUUCCUGGCGUAAAACAAGCAAAUAUAUGCCUAGGGCGUCUGUAUGUAAUGUACUGUUGACUUGCUGCAAAGAUAAUGUGUGUCGUCUUUGGGUAGAGACAUUUUUACCAAAUGAUUGUUUGCUAUAUGGAGGUGACUGCAAUCAUUGGUCGGAACCAAUUAAUUUAACAAAUAACUUCAAGAGAAAUACUUCCAGUAAAGAACGAGUUCAAAAUGCUUUAGAAGUAAAUCUAAGACAUUUUCGUAGAGGUCGGAGGAGAUCACUUGCACUUGUAGCACAUACUGGCUAUCUGCCUCAUCAGCAAGAUCCUCAUCAUGUCCACAGGAACACUCCACUGCAUGCCAAUGCACUUUGCCACUUUCAUAUUGCAGCUAGCAUCAACCCAGCUACAGACAUUCCUCUUCUUCCAUCUAUUACAUCUCUGAGUUUAAGUGAAAAUACUUUGUCCAUGGAAGUCUUUUUACAGCAACUUAGAAAAAGUUUUGAACAUCCAUCUUCUGAGGCCAGUGUAGAAGAAGCUAAUCAAGCAGAUAUAAAAUCUGAUGAAGAGAUGGAUGAUGGUAUUGAUGAUCUGAAAAUAACUCAUGACAAGAAGGAAUUGGGUGGUGAUAAAAUAGUAUCAAACUCAAGUUUUACACCAUUACCAUCAGCUGCCAUUGAUCAUCAGAUUGAAGUACUUCUGUCUGAAUGGAAUAAAAAUGCAGACAUGCUUUUCAGUAUUCAUCCCAUGGAUGGUUCUUUACUAGUUUGGCAUGUAGAUUGGCUGGAUGAAUACCAGCCUGGUAUGUUUCGUCAAGUACAGGUGUCCUUUGUUUCCAGAAUUCCUGUAGCUUUCCCCACAGGUGAUGCGAACUCUCUCUGUAAAAGCAUAGUAAUGUAUGCCUGUACCAAGAAUGUGGACUUGGCUAUUCAGCAGGGGAAACAAAAACCUUCUGGCCUCACUCGUUCCACAUCAAUGCUUAUCUCUUCUGGUCACAACAAAUCAUCUAAUAGUUUAAAAUUAAGUAUUUUUACCCCUAAUGUUAUGAUGAUUUCAAAGCAUGCUGAUGGUUCUCUAAAUCAGUGGCUGGUCAGUUUUGCUGAGGAAUCUGCUUUUUCUACAGUUCUUAGUAUUUCUCACAAAUCCAGAUAUUGUGGUCAUCGUUUUCAUCUUAAUGAUUUAGCUUGCCACUCAGUAUUACCAUUAUUAUUGACAACGUCACACCAUAAUGCAUUAAGGACACCAGAUGUUGAUAACCAAAAGCAACCUCAUGAUUCUGUAAAUAUUGAAGAAUAUUCUUUGACACAACAAAAUAAAAGCACUGGUGAUAUGGCAUUUCAGGAUCCCAAUGCAGUUUAUAGUGAGCUUAUUCUUUGGAGGGUUGAUCCGGUUGGGCCAUUGUCUUUUUCUGGAGGAGUGUCUGAGCUUGCCUGGAUUAAUUCUCUUCAUGUUUCUGCCUUUUCCAAUGUGGCGUGGCUUCCUACUCUUAUACCCAGUUAUUGUCUAGGUGCAUACUGCAACUCUCCUAGUGCAUGCUUUGUGGCUAGUGAUGGACAAUAUCUGAGGUUAUAUGAAGCAGUAAUUGAUGCCAAGAAACUUUUAUAUGAGCUUUCCAACCCUGAAAUUUCUAAAUAUGUUGGUGAAGUGUUUAACAUCGUCAGUCAACAAUCAACAGCAAGGCCAGGAUGCAUUAUUGCGUUAGAUCCCAUUACCAAACUUCAUGGCAAAAAAACCCAACUGCUUCAUGUUUUUCAAGAAGAUUUUAUUUUAAAUAAUCUUGAGAGGAAAAGUCUCGGAAAAGACAGCAUUUUAGCUGAUACAGGCAGUUCACCUAAUAGAUUUUCUGAAAAGUUCUACCUAGUUGUGAUAGAGUACACACAAGACAGCCGUUCACUACUACAUAUGUGGAAUUUACACUUAAAGUCAAUUCCUGUCUCAUUGGAUGAAAAAGUGGACACGAAAAUAUCUGAAGCAGUUUGGCAACCAGAAGAACAUUAUUCUUCUUCUCUAGAGAAGAUCCUGUCUCCUUUUUCACAGAAGUAUCAGGCUUGCAGAGCAAAUCUUCAGAGUACCAGCAAGUUGUCUUUGUUUUCCGAAAUGGUGUAUAGCCAAGAGUUGCAUUUACCAGAAGGAGUAGAGAUAAUAAGUGUUAAGCCAUCAGCAGGACAUCUGAGUUCUUCUUCCAUAUAUCCUGUAUGCAGUGCUCCUUAUUUAUUGGCAACUUCAUGCUCAGAUGAGAAAGUAAGAUUUUGGAGAUGCAGAGUAACAGAUGGAGAAUCUGCCACAUCAAAGAAUGGAAAAAUAGAUCUUGUAUAUAUUUGGGAAGAAUGGCCAUUACUUAUUGAAGAUGGACUUCAGAGCAAUAGUAGUAUAAGUGUACCUGGUAGGCCUAUAGAAGUUAGCUGUGCACAUACAAAUCGUUUGGCUGUAGCAUAUAAGCAGCCUGCAUCUAAUAGAUCUUCUCAGGACUUUUUGAUACAUGUAAGUAUUUUUGAAUGUGAGUGUACAGGAGGUUCAUGUUGGGUCCUUGAACAGACAAUUCAUUUAGAUGAGUUAAGCACAGUAUUGGAUUCUGGCAUUAGUAUUGAUAGCAAUUUAGUGGCCUACAAUAAGCAAGAGGCAUGUUUAUUCAGUAAAGAAAGUAUCACAUCAAACACAAAGCAUUUAGUUCAUUUAGAUUGGAUGUCUAGAGAAGAUGGUUCUCAUAUCCUAACUGUAGGAAUUGGAUCAAAACUUUUUAUGUACGGACCACUGUCUGGCAAAGUACAAGAACAACCUGGUAAGGAAAACCUGGCAUUUCCUCUCUGGGAGAGUACUAAAAUUGUGCCUCUUUCUAAAUUUGUACUGUUACGAAGUGUGGACUUGGUUUCUUCUGUAGAUGGCUCCCCACCAUUUCCUGUUUCUCUAUCAUGGGUUCGGGAUGGCAUUCUUGUGGUAGGAAUGGAUUGUGAAAUGCAUGUAUAUUCCCAGUGGCAGCCAUCUUCUAAACAAGAACCUGUUAUAACAGAUUCAUGCAAUGGGAGCACUCCGUCUAUACUAAGUUUAAUAAAACAGAGUAACUCAUCAAGUUCUGGGUUACAUCCUCCAAAGAAAACGCUGACUCGAUCUAUGACCAGUCUUGCACAGAAAAUUUGUGGAAAGAAAACUGUAUUUGAUCCUUCAGUGGAUAUGGAAGAUUCAGGUCUUUUUGAAGCAGCUCAUGUACUGUCCCCAACUUUACCUCAGUACCAUCCCUUGCAACUUUUGGAACUCAUGGAUCUUGGCAAAGUUCGAAGAGCAAAGGCCAUCUUGUCACAUCUUGUCAAGUGCAUUGCUGGGGAAGUUGUGGCUCUGAAUGAAACUGAAUCCAAUCAUGAACGCCGCCUAAGGUCUCUCACCAUUAGUGCUAGUGGAAGCACUACCAGAGAUCCCCAGGCAUUCAACAAAGCUGAAAAUAUAGAUUACACUCAAAUAGAUUCUGUCCCUCCACUUCCGUUAUAUGCCUUACUUGCAGCUGAUGAUGAUAGCUGUUAUUCAUCUUUGGAGAAAUCUAAUAAUGAGAGUUUUUUAAAUAAAUCAAGCCAGUUGUCAAAAGAAAGUUAUGAUGAACUUUUUCAGACUUCAGCUAUAAUGCCUGAUAUUCAUGUGUUAGAGACAGAUGAAGAAACUACAAAGCCCAGAGUUAUUGACCUUUCACAGUAUAGUCCAACUUAUUUUGGUCCUGAGCAUGCUCAAGUUCUUUCUGGCCACUUACUUCAUUCUAGUUUACCAGGACUUAGCCGGAUGGAACAGAUGUCUCUGAUGGCCUUAGCAGAUACUAUUGCAACUACAAGCACUGAUAUUGGAGAAAGCAGAGACAAAAGCCAAGGUGGAGAAACUCUUGAUGAAUGUGGCUUAAAAUUUCUUUUGGCUGUUAGACUCCAUACAUUUCUUAUAACUUCCCUUCCAGCCUGUAGAGCUCAACUCCUUCACCAAGGCCUGUCUACUAGUCAUUUUGCUUGGGCAUUUCACUCAGUAGCAGAAGAAGAACUGUUGAACAUGUUGCCAGCAAUGCAGAAAGAUGAUCCCACUUGGUCUGAACUAAGAGCAAUGGGUGUGGGAUGGUGGGUCCGGAAUACCCGCAUCUUACGCAAAUGCAUAGAAAAAGUAGCCAAAGCAGCCUUUUAUAGAAAAAAUGAUCCUUUAGAUGCUGCCAUUUUUUACCUUGCAAUGAAAAAGAAAGCUGUGAUUUGGGGCUUAUAUAGAUCUCAAAAAGAUACCAGGAUGACGCAGUUUUUUGGACACAAUUUUGAAGAGGAGAGGUGGCGUAAAGCAGCUUUAAAGAAUGCCUUUUCUUUGCUAGGCAAACAAAGAUUUGAACAUUCUGCAGCAUUUUUUCUUUUAGCUGGUUGCCUCAGAGAUGCAAUUGAGGUAUGUCUUGAAAAACUGAAUGAUAUUCAGUUGGCUCUUGUAAUAGCAAGACUCUAUGAAUCUGAAUUUGAUAUAUCUGCAACAUAUAAAUCUAUUUUACGUAAAAAGGUUUUGGGAAUUGAUUCUCCCAUCAAUGAAUUCAGUUCUUUGCAUAUAAAUAUGCAUUAUGAUCCUUUUCUACGGAGUAUGGCAUAUUGGAUUUUGGAAGAUUAUAGUGGUGCUUUGGAAACAUUAAUAAAGCAACCUACCAGAGAGGAUGAUGAUCAAGUAAUGAUGUCAGCCUGUAAUCCUGCAGUUUUUAAUUUCUACAAUUAUCUGAGAACACAUCCUCUUUUGCUGAGACGUCAUUUUGGAUCAUCUGAUACAUUUUCCACACACAUGGGUUUAACAGGAAAAAGUGAACUGGCAGGAACAAUUAAUUUAAGUGAAAGAAGAUUAUUUUUCACUACUGCUAGUGCUCAUCUAAAUGCUGGCUGUCCUAUGUUGGCUUUGGAAGUAUUAUCAAAGAUGCCCAAAGUCAUCAAGAAAACAAAACCUCUUUGUAGAGCAUCUAGUUUUCUCGAUACUAGUAAAGAUUCUUCUCCACUAAAAUUGAAUACAAAGGAAGAUAAGUCUUCAGCUGUUGAUUGGUCACAAUCACUGAUGAAUGGUUUUGAAUCUUCUUCAGAGGGUUCCUCAGAGAAACAAUCAAACUCCACUCUCUCUCUUGACUGGAGCCAACCAAGUGUCAUGUUUCAAGAUGACUCUUUAGAGUUAAAAUGGGAUAGUGAAAAUGAUGAAGAAAAUGAGGAUCUUCCUAUUUCAUUGAAAGAACUAAAACCUCUACAGAGAAAAAUAGAUAAAAAAUUAGAUGAACUAAGUAAUUACACGGAAUCUUUCAGCACACUAGAUGAAAAUGAUGUGUUAAAUCCAUCAGAAGAUAUAAUUGCUGUUCAAUUAAAAUUUAGAGCAUGUUUAAAAAUUCUCACAGUAGAACUUCGUACUUUAUCUACUGGCUAUGAAAUAGAUGGUGGAAAAUUGUGUUACCAGCUAUACCACUGGCUUGAAAAAGAGGUGAUAGCUCUUCAGAGAACUUGUGACUUUUGCUCUGAUGCAAAAGAACUACAAAGUGCAUUUGACAACAAUGGAGAUGAAUUCGGAUUAAAUGAGGAUUCUGAUGAUUUGCAUCAUCAAAUAAAAGUGAAACAACUGAGAGAAAAUUUUCAGGAAAAAAGACAGUGGCUUUUGAAAUACCAGUCACUGUUGAGAAUGUUUCUUAGUUACUGCAUACUUCAUGGCUCCCAUGGUGGGGGUCUUGCAUCUGUGAGAAUGGAACUGAUUUUGCUUUUGCAAGAAUCUCAGCAGGAAACAUCAGAACCACUAUUUCCUAGCCCUCUGUCAGAGCAAACCUCAGUGCCUCUCCUCUUUGCUUGUACAGCCAGUGCCAAAACAGUAGUUGCCAAUCCAUUAUUGCACCUUAGUAAUCUGACACAUGAUAUUCUACAUGCCAUAAUAAACUUUGAUUCACCACCUCAUCCUGACAGCCAAAGCAAUAAAGUAUAUGUAAUGCACACCUUAGCAGCCUCACUUUCUGCUUGUAUUUAUCAGUGCCUUUGUUGUAGUCAUAACUACAGUUCAUUUCAAACAAACCAGUUUACUGGAAUGGUGUAUCAGACAGUACUGCUUCCUCAUCGACAUUCCUUGAGAACAGGAAGCUUAGAUGAAGCAAUAACUCCCAAUACAUCACCAUCUCAAUGGCCAGGAAUAACUUGUCUAAUUAGACUUUUGAAUUCUUCUGGUGAGGAAGCCCAGUCGGGACUUACAAUCUUACUCUGUGAGAUUCUCACAGCAGUAUAUCUUAGCCUCUUCAUUCAUGGCCUGGCAACACAUUCUAGUAAUGAACUAUUUCGGAUUGUGGCCCAUCCCCUAAAUGGAAAACUGUGGUCUGCUGUAUUUGGUGGAGGUGCACAUGUUCCCAGCAAAGAACAGGUGCACUCAAAAGCUUUACGCGGAAGGCACUUUGCUGUGCCUAGUCCCCACCAGGUAGUGGUAUUCUCCAUGGAAUGUGUGGGCUUUUCCAAAGCUCUUUCAGCCAUCAGUUCUCAUAGCCCUCCCAGUCUUGCAGUUUCUUCACUAGUUGAAGAAGGCGAAAAACAGAACAAACGUUUUAGGCCAUCAAAAAUAUCUUGCAGAGAAUCUGCCCCACUGACCUCCUCCUCACCACCGGUAAGCCAGGAGUCAUUGUCAGUCAAAGAGAAGUUCAUCCCUCCUGAACUCAGUAUCUGGGACUAUUUCAUUGCCAAGCCUUUCCUACCACCUUCCCAAAGUAAAGCUGAAUAUGAUUCAGAGGAGAGUCUGGAAAGUGAUGGUGAUGAUGAUGAUGAUGAUAAUGAUAAUGUUUUAGCUUCAGAUUUUCAUCUCCAAGAGCAUUCUAAUUCAAAUUCAUAUAGUUGGUCAUUGAUGCGAUUGGCAAUGGUGCAAUUGGUUCUCAACAAUUUGAAGACAUUCUAUCCCUUUGCAGGUCAUGAUCUUGCAGAACUUCCAGUCAGUUCACCUCUUUGUCAUGCGGUUCUGAAAACUCUUCAAUGUUGGGAACAAGUUCUUCUUCGAAGACUUGAAAUCCAUGGUGGACCACCUCAAAAUUAUAUCUCAAGUCAUACCUCUGAAGAGAGUUUGUCUGCAGGUCUUGCUAUUCUGCGCCACAAAGCUUUACUGGAACCUACAAACACUCCUUUCAAAUCCAAACAUCACCUGGCAUUAUCUGUGAAGAGACUUUGGCAAUACUUGGUAAAGCAAGAAGAAAUUCAAGAAACCUUUAUCAGAAAUAUAUUCACAAAGAAACGAUGUCUAAAUGAGUCAUUAGAGGACAACAAUGAAACCAUCAAAAAUUCUAUGAUGGAGGAGCCAAACUUCAAUAAGAUAGAAGCAGAUUUGGGAUAUCCUGGAGGUAAAGCAAGAAUUAUUCAUAAGGAAUCUGAUAUCAUUACUGCAUUUGCUGUUAAUAAAGCAAAUAGAAAUUGCAUAGCAAUUGCUUCCAGCCAUGAUGUUCAAGAACUGGAUGUUUCUGGAAUUCUGGCUACACAGAUUUAUACUUGGGUAGAUGAUGAUGUAGAAUUGGAAACCAAAGGAUCAGAAGAUUUCUUGGUUAUACAUGCUCAUGAUGAUUUAACAGCUGUUCAAGGCACAACGCCAUAUACACAUAGUAAUCCUGGCACUCCAAUCAACAUGCCGUGGCUUGGUAGUACACAGACUGGCAGAGGAGCAUCUGUGAUGAUUAAGAAAGCCAUUAAUAAUGUCAGAAGAAUGACUUCACAUCCAACUCUUCCUUACUAUCUGACAGGUGCUCAAGAUGGGAGUGUCAGAAUGUUUGAAUGGGGCCAUUCUCAACAAAUAACCUGUUUUCGAUCUGGCGGCAAUUCAAGAGUUACAAGAAUGAGAUUUAACUAUCAGGGAAAUAAGUUUGGAAUAGUUGAUGCUGAUGGAUAUUUAAGUUUGUAUCAAACAAACUGGAAAUGUUGUCCAGUUACUGGGAGCAUGCCUAAGCCAUACCUGACUUGGCAGUGUCAUAACAAAACAGCCAAUGAUUUUGUCUUCGUUAGUUCCUCUUCUCUGAUAGCCACAGCUGGUCUUUCAACUGAUAAUCGAAACAUAUGUUUGUGGGAUACUCUUGUAGCACCUGCCAAUAGUUUAGUCCAUGUGGCCACAGAUGUCUUUAACUCCAAAAACCUGGCCUUUCAGGCACAAAAGAAGAUCUUGGGUAAAAUGGUGUCCAAAUCCAUCGCCACCACAUUGAUCGAUGACACGAGCAGCGAGGUGCUGGACGAGCUCUACAGAGUGACCAAGGAAUACACCCAGAACAAGAAGGAAGCUGAGAAAAUCAUCAAAAACCUCAUCAAGACAGUCAUCAAGUUGGCCAUCCUUUACAGGAAUAAUCAGUUUAAUCAAGAUGAGCUGGCACUGAUGGAGAAGUUCAAGAAGAAAGUCCACCAGCUUGCUAUGACGGUGGUCAGUUUCCAUCAGGUGGAUUACACCUUUGACCGGAACGUGUUAUCCAGGCUGCUGAACGAGUGCAGAGACCUGCUCCACCAGAUCAUCCAGCGCCACCUCACUGUCAAGUCACACGGACGGGUUAAUAAUGUCUUUGAUCAUUUUUCAAAUUGUGAAUUUUUGGCUGCCUUAUAUAAUCCCUUUGGAAAUUUUAAACCUCACUUACAAAAACUUUGUGAUGGAAUCAACAAAAUGUUGGAUGAAGAGAACAUAUGAGUAUGUGAGUUAAGAUUGUGACUGAUUGUGAUUUAUUUGAAGUUGGAGCACUGCUGAUUCAUGAAGGAACAAAAGAAUUUUUUUUAAAGGUUAUACAUAUUUCAGAAAGACUUUGCCCAAUUCAACUGUCAGACCUUAAUGGUAGUGCUAUCAUGAGGUUUUAUUUGAAGAAAACUUUGCCAAAAGUUCUGGCUAAAAGCUUGUUAAUGGGUGAGAGAUCAUGAGAAAAAUGCAUGGCUGGUAAUGCACAUGUAGAGUUAUAUAAAAGAGAAACAAGUACGGCUCCGGACUUUAAGAUGUUUUUAGGGCAGUUAUUGGUGGCACAUUGGAUGUUUCUGAUAUGUACAAAAUUACAUAUUUUGUUUCACUUUUAUUCCUUACUAUGUAUAUGCUCUUUUAUGAAGCCAAGAACUUUUUCUUGCUGUCAUUGCUCCUUUUGAAUCAGUUCUAUUUUCAGGCCUACUCUUGAUUCUUGUGUAAUAGAUUAUGUCAUUGACAUUCUAGAAUUAAUUCUGAGGCAGUCAUGUUAAACCCUCAGAAAAACAAACAAAAAAAAACUCCAUAUAUGAAAUCAGUACUGUGGUAGUGAAUUAAUUAGACAUUAUGAAUUAUGUCCAAUGUAUGGAAUAUGCUUCUGAAAAAAAAGUACUUCUUCUUUUGUUCCAACAAUGACACUCAAAUUCUCAAAAAUGUAAUGGCAUGUUAUUGCUUUGAAAUGCUUGCUUCAAGUUUCUCUUUGAUGUUGUCUUUCAAAGUGUGCUGAUAAAAAUCUCCAUUAUUAACGUGCAUUUCAUGUGUUAGAGACCAAGAGAAAAUAUAUCUAUCAAUUAGUUUUGAUAUUGAGGCAAUAAAAAAUGGAUAACUUUAAUAAAGUAAAAAAAAAAUAUUCACUUUACAGAUGAACCCAACAAAAUAACUUAGGAGCAUGUGGGACAAAAGGGAAGAAAGGAUGUUGCUAAAGAACAUGAGGAGAAAGAUGAAUGCGUUUCGUUGUUUAAGAAGGUUUGAUAAAUAAACAAUGUCACUUUUUUAUUUA